UCAACGUGUCAUGUUAGUCAAUCGAAAUCAUCCAGUAGUAGGGGAGGAUGAAGUGUGAAGUUUUAUGAUUUCAUAAAUAAUUACGUUUUCUCUUUUUUAUUUUUUGGAUUGAAAUAAUGUCUAAUACUCGUUUACGAGAAGAAUAUCCUUUGCAUUGGUCAGUUUGGAAUAAUGAUUCAUCGGAACUGCAGAAAGCGAUAGAUUCAAAUGUGCAUGAUAUUGAAAAAUUAGAUCCUCGAGGUAGAACUCCUUUACUGCUGUCAGUUACUUUGGGUCGUUUGGAAUGUACAAGACUCCUAUUAAAAGCAAAUGCUAAUGUUAAUGUUGAAAGUAAAGAAGGGUUUUCAGUUCUUCAUGAGGCAAUAAGCACAGGAGAUCCAGAAUUAAUACAAGAAAUUUUAGAAAGGCGAGAUUACCAAAGAUAUAGCAGUCGUGUAGGAGGCAUACCAGAGCUUUUGAAAAGAAUACGUGAUACACCUGAUUUUUAUGUUGAAAUGAAGUGGGAAUUCACAAGUUGGGUGCCUUUAGUAUCUAGGAUGUGUCCUAGUGAUACUUACAAAGUUUAUAAAUCAGGUUCUAAUGUUAGAAUUGAUACAACAUUGCUUGGUUUUGAUCAGUCAAAUUGGCAAAGAGGAAGUAGGAGUUAUGUAUUUAAAGGCCAAGAGGAUAGUGCUACUAUGAUGGAAAUUGAUCAUGAAUCUGGUCAAGUUUAUGUAGAGCAGAUGAGAGUACUUUCACCUCAAUUGGACGACAUGCAUGCCUUCCGUCCAUCAACAGAAUCAGUGUCAGCUCGCCUUACAACACCCAUUGUCACUACAUUUGUUGACACUGAUAAGAUAAAUUUUGAAAGAAAUAAAAGUGGUAUAUGGGGUUGGAGAAGUGAUAGAAAUGAAAUUAUUAAUGGGCAUGAAAGUAAAGUGUUUAGUGCUAACAAUGUGGAGUUAGUGACCAAAACAAGGACAGAACAUCUUACCGAAGCAGAUAAAAUAAGGCAUAAAUCUUCUCGUUCACCAUUGCAGUCUCUGUUAGGUAUUGUUGAAGUAGAAGAAAAAGCAGCAUCCCCUGUUCUGAAUGGUGACAACAAAGAUUGGACUGCUAAUCCAUGUCAUAUCACUUCUGAAGAUUAUUUUAAUCCUGAAAUUGAUUUGGGUGGAAAGGAUAUAGGUCGUCCCAGAGAAAUCUCUACUAAAAUACAAAAAUUUAAAGCUAAUUUAUGGCUGUGUGAAAAUUAUCCAUUGUCACUUCCAGAACAAAUCCUGCCAAUUGUUGAUUUAAUGGCUAUUAGCAGUACCCAUUUUGCAAAAUUGAGAGAUUUUAUAACUUUACAACUGCCAGCAGGUUUUCCUAUAAAAAUCGAAAUUCCACUCUUCCAUGUACUAAAUGCUCGAAUAACAUUUGGAAAUAUAUUUGCUCUUGAUGAACCUGUACCGGGAGUUACACCUAUAAAAGAAGAAAAAGUUGUUGCUUGUGUACUGGAUGAUAGCUGUUUUGAUACACCAUCUGGAUAUGUACGUUUAGGCUCUGAUUCGCUUCGUCCUCUCAGUAUUGAUGAAGAUGACGAACUUUUACAGUAUGCUAUUCAGCAGUCUCUUAUGGAAGCAGGGAGUGAAGAGGAUCAGGUAACCAUUUGGGAAGCACUUAGAGCUCAAAAGCCCAAUACUAGUGGAAGUGAAGAUGAAGAUUUGCAGAAAGCAAUUCAAGAGAGCCUUUCUGAAACUCCUGCAUCUAAAAUUGCUUCCCCAAUGGAUGAUUUUAGGACAAGUGAAGAAACUCAGCUUGAAUUAGCAUUGAAACUUUCACAGCAGACUCGAGAGGAUGAAGAAAAACAACUUCAAGAAGAACAAGAAGUGUUAGAGAGGGUACUCCAGCUUUCUUUAGCUGAACAAUAAUCUAUAUUGAAAAGACAGAUUUGCAAUUCAUGCUUUAACUGUAGAUGAUUUGGUUUGUAGGCUAUUUACUCCAGCUUUUCAUACUACAAAAGAGCUUUUUCUGAGAAAAAUAAAAUGGAGAAAAUCAUCAUAAACUAUUUGCUGGAAGACUGAUUUUGAAUGUGAAAAGUAUAAUAAUGCGUUUCAGAUUUUAUCGAUGAAAAUUUUGAAAAAUAAGGGAUGGUUAAUCAGGAAUAGUUACAUAUGAUUUUACUGAUCAAGUUUAUAUGUUUAAAGAAGCUGCAUUUCUAACUUCAAACAUAAUUUACAGAUUUUCUAAAAAAUUUUAUUAUAAAUGUGUUUAUGAAAACUUGCUCUUUUCAUAUUGUAAUAAAUUUUAUAAGUUUUUUCUAGGCAUGACAUUUAUUGUACGUAACAUUUAUGAUGUUAAAAAAAUUUUUGUUUCUAAAAAUAUUGCAUUUGUAUGACAAAAACAUGGUAUAAUUUUUAUUUUUAAUUAUGUAUUGUGAUUUGUGUAUUCUAAAUUUAGAAAAAUGAAAGAUAUAAUGUCUGUUAAAUAGUACCACCAAUUAAUAAUAAAUGUCACAAAUAUCUAAUCUUCAGUUAUGUUUGAAAUGGAGUGUACAAUUCAUCAAUCAUUGUGAAUAUAUCAGGUGUACAUCUUAGUGUUUUAUUUGUAAUAAAUUUUCUAAUAAUUCUGCGUAUUUUUUGUAAUAAAUAUGCUUCUUUGUUAUAUAUUUAGAUUUAAGUUUAUUAAAGUUAAAUUAGGUUUUUUUUUUUUAAUAUAAAGUAAUUUUACUGGCAUUUUGAAAUAAUAUUUAUGGUGUAUAUCAAAGGUACUUUUAUAGACAAUGAAGUUGUAAGUAUAUUUUUACUAUCAAUUAUUGUGUACUGUGUUUGAUCCUGUAAGACACAUUUUACUUUUACACUUUUUACAUAUUUUGCUGAUACAUAUAACAUUUUAUAAUCAGAUUAAAUUUAUAAAUAUUAAUUAUUUUAUUCUGUUAGUGUUAAAAAGGAAUUUUGAAUGAAAUGUAAAAUAAUAUCAGGCAUAACUUCAUAAAAAAUGGCAUUAAAGUUAUGUUUCUAAUAGUAUCUAAAUGAAUUAUCCUAUAGAACCAAAACUCGAAAUAAAAUUGUUAUUAACGUAUAGUAUACUAACUUAAUAUUUCUUUUUCCCUUCAUAACACUCAGCAAUAAAAUAUAUUACAGCUAUCAAUUAUUGUUCAUUUGUGUUUGGUAAUCGAAAGGUUUUUACUGUUUUGAAAAUGACACUAACAUUUUGUAAUUAAGUUAAAGUGUUUAAUAAAUAUAGAAAAUCAUAUAUUAAUGCCAUUAAUUAUUUUAUUCUGAAGUCUUUUAAUGAAGUACAGGAAAUUAUAUUAAUGGCAACUUUGGACCGGUGAUAUUAUAGUUAUGUUUAUAGGAAUUAUCUAACUGAAAUUUAUUUCAGUUGAAAUUAUCCUGUAAAAGCAGGAUGAUUCAAAAUAAAAUUUAUGCUAUGUACAUAAGCAAGUUAUUGUACAUUUUAUUAAUUUUUAUGGCUUAUUAAUGCUUUUUAAUAGUUAGUAUAAGAAUGGACUAGAGAAAUAUUACGCUGAUUAGUUUUAUGAUUCCAAUGAGUAUAAAAACAGUAAUAAUAAUAUAAUAUAUAUACUGUUGAGUACAAUUCUAGAUGCUUAAAAAAAUAUUGGUUUCCUUCCUCAGCAAGUUAGUUAAUAUAUCAACAUCAUUAUGUAUGACAUUUAACACAUAAAUGUUUCAAAUAACAUCCACACAUACAAAUUUGGAUUAAAAAAACUUACAUGUUUCAGAUUUUCAUAGUCUAACAGAAGCAAUUGCCUUUUUUAAGAAGUGUUGUAUAAAUUGAUGCAACACUUCUAUACAAAAGCAAAUUCUAUACAAAUGUCAAAAUGCUGACGAAAACUAAUUAUUAGAAAAAAGUCUAAACAUUGCCAUCAAUUUGUCAUAAAAUUUGCUUGAGUGUGAUUGGUAGGCUAUAUGAAUAUCACAUAUGAGUUUGAUAGCAUUUUGAAUGUUUUUAAAGAUAAACUAAACUAUAGGUAAUUAAUUUAGGUAUCUUUUGUAUCUUGUUUUAUAUAAAAGAUAAUGAAUUUCCCUCAAAUGCUGAAUGAUGUGCUUUUGUAAUUUCAAUAGAGGCUAUGAUUUUCUGUAAGAAAGCUGUGCAAUUCUGAUCCAGUAAUAAAAGAAUUGAUGUGCAUUACC